ACCCAUGUUUGAACCCGGCAAAAUCCCGCUUGGUCGAGUGAUCAAACCUUCGAAAUCUCUUACAGCUUCUAUACAACCAGACAAGUAUGGACGGUGGGAGAAAACUCUGGGUGCCCGACAACGAGCAUGGCUAUCUGUUAGGGAGCAUAGUCGAUAUAGGAUCGGACGAGAUCACUGUUCAACUCGAUGGAUUCAAAGGAAAGCAUGUUACUGCUCCGUACGAUCGCACUUUCCCGGCGGAGAAGGAUAGCAACAAAGAUGUGGAAGAUAAUUGUGCCCUGAUGUUUCUUAAUGAAGGAACUCUUCUAAAUAACCUGCGAGUUCGCUACAAAAAGGAUAAGAUCUAUACAUACGUGGCCAAUAUCCUGCUUGCUGUGAAUCCUUAUCAUGAAGUCAAAGAGCUUUACACAAAGGAAACCAUCAUGAAAUACCAUGGGAAAUCCCUUGGCACACUUCCACCUCAUGUCUUUGCCAUUGCUGACAAGGCCUACAGAGACAUGAGGGCUUACAAGCAGAGUCAGUCAAUAGUUGUCAGUGGUGAAAGUGGUGCUGGAAAAACAGAGUCCACCAAAUAUAUUCUCAGAUAUCUCACAGAAUCCUGGGGAUCUGGAGAUCAGGGAAGAAUAGAACAGAGAAUUGUAGAAGCUAAUCCUUUGCUGGAGUCAUUUGGUAAUGCAAAAACCAUGAGAAACAUCAACAGCAGCCGUUUUGGCAAAUACGUUGAGGUGCACUUUAAUGAGAAGGUUAUUGUUGUCGGCGGUUUCAUAUCCCAUUACUUGCUUGAACAGUCCCGGAUUUGUAUGCAAUCCAAAGGAGAGCGCAACUAUCAUGUGUUCUACCGGCUCUGUGCAGGGGCACCAAAACAGAUAAAAGACAUGCUCAGACUGACACGUGCACAGGACUUCAACUACCUGAACCAAGGCUCUCUGUCUGAUCCAAACCUGGAUGACACAAGUGACUUCAAACGCAUGGAUGCCUCCAUGGAUAACGUCGGGUUCUCAAAAGAAGAGAAAUCAAACAUUUACCGUGUAGUGGCAGCCGUGCUGCACCUUGGGAACAUUAUAUUUGAGGAUAUCGAUGACACACAUGGGGGCUGUCAGGUGUCCUCAAAGUGCAGCGAUGAAGUCAAUAUCACAGCCAAGCUACUCGGCGUCUCCCCCGAGGAACUCCAACAGGCGCUGACCACUCGUCUCAUGAGCGCGGGCGGCGCUGACGUCAGGGUGCCUCUGAAGCUCGAGCAGGCUUACGCCGCGCGUGACGCGCUUGCCAAGUCCAUCUACACGAAGCUGUUUGACCACAUCGUGGCGCAGGUCAAUCAGUGUUUCCCAUUCACCAGUUCAUUCACUUACAUCGGCGUACUGGACAUUGCUGGUUUUGAAUACUAUGAGCUGAACAGCUUUGAGCAGUUUUGCAUCAACUACUGUAACGAGAAGCUGCAGCAGUUCUUCAACGAUAGGAUUCUCAAACAGGAACAAGAAUUGUACGAUCGCGAGGGCCUGGGAGUGAAAACAGUCAAGUACAUGGAUAAUCAGGAUUGCAUAGAUCUAAUCGAAGCAAAGAAGACUGGAAUUCUGGAUAUUUUGGAUGAAGAAAGCAAACUGCCUAAACCAACAAGCGCACACUUCACUUCGGACAUUCACCUCAAACACAAGAAUCACUUCCGGCUAGCGCUCCCAAGGAAAUCUCCGCUAAUGUACCACAGGAAUCUGCGGGACGAUGAGGGAUUUCUGAUCAGACAUUUCGCAGGAGCUGUUUGCUACCACACGCAAGAGUUCAUCGACAAGAACAACGAUGCCCUCCAUAACGACCUCGCCGAACUCAUCAGCGAAAGCAAGGACUCAUUCGUAAAGAGCCUGUUCCCCUCUGCUUCCGGUAACGGCGACCGCAUUAUCGGUGGUGUUACUAUGGCGGGCUCAGGGCGACAAGGAAGCAAGAAACUCGCCUUCGUUAGCGUCGGUAGCAAAUUCAGGACUCAGCUGCAGCAAUUGAUGGAUAAGCUCGAUAGCACGGGCGCUAGUUUCAUCAGGUGCAUCAAACCCAACGGUAAAAUGAGUGCCAACCUGUUCGAAGGCGGCUCGAUUCUCAGCCAACUUGAGUGCGCGGGAAUGGUAUCUGUGCUUGCGCUUAUGCAAGAUGGCUGGCCUUCUAGGACACAGUUCACAGAACUCUAUCAGAUGUACAAGAAUUUCCUUCCCAGCAAGCUCGCAAGGCUGGACCCAAGGAUGUUCUGCAGAGCUUUGUUUCACGCACUUGGAAUGAGCGACAAGGACUACAAGUUUGGUUCCUCUAAGAUUUUCUUCCGACCAGGAAAGUUCGCAGAGUUUGACGCCGUAAUGCAGACCGACCCGGAGAACUUGAAGAAGCUGGUCUCCAAGGUGACGACAUGGUUGAUCCGAACUCGCUGGAGAAGAGCCAUAUAUGGAACGCUGUCAGUCAUCAAACUUGCCAACAAGAUCAAGUUCCGUACUCAAGCGAUCAUUAGAAUCCAGAAGACAGUCAAGAUGUUCAUUGCCGUCACAAGACACAAGCCUAGGUAUCAAGGCAUUAUGAAGAUUCGCCGUCUUGAGGUGCAGGUUGACAACUUGGCACAGCUAGCUUCAAGCUUGAAAAAGGAUAAGGAUAAGGUAUCCAAGCAGAUCCAGGACCUCCGUAACGCGACGCAGUCAGCCAUCAAAAAGAUCAAGUCGACGAUGAUGAAACGCAAGAUGAUUGACGAGGUGUACUGUGACCUGGUGAAACGUGUCAAUCACCAUCUUGCGGAUUUGAACGAGCGACAAAAGCAGCAAAAGAUCGCUGAGGAACAGGAGAGGCUCAGGAAGAUCCAGGAACAGAUGGAACUGGAACGGAAACGCCGCGAGGAGGAAGAACGGAAGAGAAAGCAAGAGGAGGAAGAGAGAAAGAGAAAAAUGCAGAUGGAGCUUCAGCGAAGGAAGGAGGAAGAAGAGCAGAAAAAACGCGACGAAGAAGAGCGAAAACGGCGAGAGAAAGAGGAGAAGGAUCGCCAGUUCCAGUUAGAGAAACAACGUCUGGCUGAGGAAGAACAGAAACGUCAGGCGAUGAUUGAUCAAGAACGGCGUGACCGUGAAUUAGCCAUGCGUCUCGCCAACGAUCCUGACGCAAUCAUCAAUGAUCAGCCUGAAUCACAGACCUUGCAGAGGAAUCUUCCAGCGAAGCCGGAGAAGAAGUAUGAUUUGACCAAAUGGAAGUACGCGGAACUGCGUGACACAAUCAACACAUCGUGUGAUAUCGAGCUUCUCGAGGCAUGCCGGGAAGAGUUCCAUCGACGUCUUAAAGUGUACCAUCACUGGAAGAAGGCCAACAAAUCACGUGACCCAUCCCAAGAUGCCGGUGAUCAGAGAGCGCCCCAGGACAUCAUGCAAGCAGCGGAGGAACGAGAAAACGCCCCACCUAUCCCCCCACGUGCUCACACCCAAGAGCCCGAAGUGCCCCCAGCCCUCCCCCCACGAAGACAACAGCGGUUUUUCCGCGUACCAUUUGUGAGACCCAAGGACAAGUAUCGCGAGAGCGAAUAUCGUAAACAGGGAUGGUGGUUUGCGCAUUUCGAUGGACAGUGGGUCGCGCGACAGAUGGAGUUCCAUCCCGGCAAGGAUCCUCUGCUGCUGGUGUCUGGAGAAGAUGACCUGGAUAUGUGUGAGCUUAGCCUGGACGAGACCGGACUGACAAGGAGACAGGGUGCAGAGAUUGCACAACAGGAAUUUGAGGUUCUGUGGCACCAAUUUGGUGGUACCCCUAGAGUGUACCGCGCGAAGAUGUACCAAGAUCAUUAAACCGUCAUCCCACCACACCCAACAAAUCCAAGGGGGAGCUAAGUCAACAUUAACCAGAGUCAGUUGAUGUUAUUUACUUCUCACAAAUCACUUAAGGGAGCACUAGACCUUCAAAUCAAAACUUACCCAAAAUUUCUCACUAAAAGGGGUGUUUCUCGACCCAACUGUCAGUAACUUUCACUUCACAUAAUUAUUCAAUAUUUGGUGUAGUAGCAAUCCACGUGCCAGGAGCACAAAAAUUUGAUGGAGGGAUUCAAAUGGGGCGUUAGAUAUGGAUGGCACAUGCUUUUGGGUGGGGGGAAACCUUGUUGGUCUAUUAUCUCCAAAAAGCACCCUUUAUCUGCCUCUAAAUAUAUCAACUUAGGUUAAAACAAGGCCGUCAAGGCUAAUGAUGUAAAAAAGGCCAAGUGUUAGAGUGAAUCUCUUUAGAUGUAUGGUAUAAGUGUUAACCAAUAUCACGUGAGUGCUGAGUGUCAUGUAGUUGGUAGACUUUGCAUAGUGGCUAGGUGGCAAUUGUACGAUAGUACAAGGUGCUAUUUAGUUUGAAACUUUUAUAGCAAACGUCUUCGUAGCGCGAGGUAUUCUUCCACUACUCUACUGUAAACUUGGAAAAUUUCACACAAUUGGCUUGUUAGACCGUUUUUAUUUUUACGUAUGUGCAGUUUAAAUUUCACGAAAAAAACUAAGUGAAAAUAAAUACAACUCGAUCAUUUCCACUUUUUCUUAGGCUUGCUGCGCAAUCGAUCAGUGUGAAAGAAACUGAAAUAAUGUACACUUAGACACUUAGAAAAUAAGGGCAGCCCAGCUAUGGGCGGGCCCAAUAGUUUUAAUGUAGGAAAUAGUUAGCCUAUAAACCGUAAUACACGUCUAUUUUCUUAAAUAUCUCUAGUUCAAGCCUGCUUGUUCUAUUUAACGCAAUUCAAUAUUUAUAGUAGAAUUAAACCACAAUUUCUUCUAGUUUGUUGUAAUUUAGGAUUCUUUUGCGAUUAAAUUUAUCAUAUUGAG